CACUGGGCGCGCGCCGGCCGUCGCACGUGACAGGACUAGCCCACGUUACCCAGCCCCUCUGCGAAUGCGGGGGGGGGAGGAAAGGGGACGGGUAAAGAGCGGGCGAACUGCCUGUUCGAACUCUCCUCCCCUUCGAUCCCAGCACAUGAUUCCCCCUCCCCGGAACGUGGUAUUGUGUAAUCACGUGACCCCCUUACGGUGCGCGCGCGGGGAGAGGGGGGUAGGUGGGCCGUUGAGGGAGGGCUCGCGAGUGCGGUGGCAGUUGGUUGGUAGUGGUAGGGUGGGGGGAGGGGGGCUGCGUACGCGACGGAGCGGGGUGCGAAGAUGGCGGACGAGGAGGCCGAGCAGGACAGCGGCAGCCACGGCCCUGGCGGCGAGAGCGGCCUCCUCCCUCUGGAUAUGCGGCGCUUGAAGGGGCGGCUGCUGGAGCUGGAGACGGGGCUGCGGGAGAGCCGGGAGCCCGCCGUGGAGGCGGCCGCCGAGUACUGUCAGCAGCUCUGCCAGACGCUUCUUGAAUAUGCAGAAAAUUGGAAGACAUCUGAGGAUCCCUUGCCUUUGCUGGAGGUAUACACAGAGGCUAUCCACAGUUAUGUUAAAGUGCGAUCUUACCUUACCUCUGAAUGUGAAAAUGUAGCCUUGGUGCUUGAACGCUUAGCACUAAGCUAUGCCGAACUUCUGCUAUCCCUGCCUCUUGAACUGCCUGAAAACCAAUGGAAAGAGUUUCAGUCCUUUAUUCAGAUGGCGCACACAAAAUUGAUGGAAAGUGGCAGCUGCCAAUUGCAUUUCUUAUCUCUUCUUGCUCAAGAAAAUGGGACUUGGAAGAAUCCAGUUCUUUCUAGUAUCCUUUCCCAAGAGCCUCUGGAUCAGGAUGAGGUGAAUCAGUUUUUAACCUUUGAAGGCCCUAUGCUACUGGAUGUGCGCAUUAAGCAUUUGAUGAAAACAAAGCAGUUAACGCAAGCAACUGCCCUGGCAAAACUGUGUUCUGACCAUCCAGAAAUCGCCAGCAAAGGCAGUUUUAAGCAAACCUAUCUAGUCUGCCUUUGUUCUGGGUCACCAAAUGAAAAACUAAUGCAGGAGAUUGCAGAUAUAGACUGCAAAGAUGCUUUAGAAAUGAUCUGUAAUCUAGAAUCUGAAGGAGAUGAAAAGAGUGCUCUUAUUUUAUGUGCAGCAUUUUUAUCUCGUCAACUGCAGCAGGGGGAGAUGUAUUGUGCAUGGGAACUGACACUCUUCUGGAGCAAACUACAGCAAAGGGUAGAGCCUUCUGUACAAAUAUACCUAGAGAGAUGCCGUCAACUUUCUGUGUUAACAAAGACAGUAUACCACAUUUUCUUCCUAAUUAAAGUAAUCAAUUCAGAGAUCGAUGCUGCUGGGCUUGCAACAUGCAUUGAACUUUGUGUGAAAGCAUUGCGUUUGGAAGCCAGUGAGAAUACAGAGGUCAAGAUUUCCAUUUGCAAGACUAUAUCUUGUUUGUUGCCUGAUGAUUUGGAGGUUAAACGUGCUUGUCAACUGAGUGAAUUUCUCCUCGAGCCAAAUGUGGAUGCAUACUAUGCUGUUGAAAUGCUAUAUAAUCAGCCUGACCAGAAAUAUGAUGAAGAAAACCUUCCAAUACCAAAUUCAUUACGCUGCGAGCUCUUACUUGUAUUAAAAACUCAAUGGCCUUUCGAUCCAGAAUUUUGGGACUGGAAAAUGCUAAAACGUCAGUGUCUUGCAUUGAUGGGAGAAGAGGCAUCAAUUGUAUCAUCAAUAGAUGAGCUGAAUGACAGUGAAAUGCAUGAAAAAGCAGAGGACUGCCAAGAUGAAAACAAAGAAAGUUUAGUGAACGGACUUUCUGGAUGUUUUGAUGAAGCUACAAACUUACUUAGAAGCAUUAGAGAUAAAAAGCAGAAAAACCGAGAAAUAAAGAAACUGAGAGAGCGAGGGUUCAUAUCUGCUAGAUUCAGAAACUGGCAAGCAUACAUGCAAUAUUGUGUGCUGUGUGACAAAGAAUUCCUUGGACAUAGAAUAGUAAGGCAUGCACAGAAACACUAUAAGGAUGGAAUCUAUAGUUGCCCAAUAUGUGCACAGAAUUUUAAUUCUAAAGAAACAUUUGUUCCGCAUGUCACACUACACGUUAAGAAGUCUAGUAAAGAGAGACUGGCUGCAAUGAAACCACUGAGAAAAUUAGGAAGACCACCUAAAACAGCAACCACUGGUGUGAACAAGAAGAACAAUACUGUAGUUAAGCAGGAACAACGGCACAUAAAAAAGAACAGCCUUUAUGCAGCAGACUUCAUUGUUUUUAAUGAUAAUGAUGGUUCUGAUGAUGAAAAUUUUGAAAAAGACAAAUCUUACAUUCCAGAGAUAACACCAGUUCAGAAACCAUUGCCUGUCAAUGAGUUUACAUGUCCUGUUAGCUUGUGUAAGAAAGGCUUUAAAUACUUUAAAAAUUUAAUUGCACAUGUGAAAGGUCAUAAGGACAAUGAAGAAGCUAAACGGUUUCUUGAAAUGCAGAGCAAAAAAGUCAUUUGCCAGUACUGUAGACGCCAUUUUGUAAGUGUUACCCACCUCAAUGAUCAUUUACAAAUGCAUUGUGGCAGCAAACCCUAUAUCUGUAUCCAGAUGAAAUGUAAAUCUAGCUUUAAUAGUUACGCUGAACUUUUGAGUCAUCGAAAAGAGCACCCACUCUUCAAGGCAAAGUGUAUGUUUCCGAAAUGUGGGAGAGUGUUUUCAGAAGCAUACUUACUUUAUGAUCAUGAAGCACAGCACUAUAAUACCUUCACCUGCAAAUUUGCAGGUUGUGGAAAAGUUUACCGCUCCCAAAAUGAAUUAGAAAAGCAUAUUGAAGACCAUACUAAAACAUCUGAAAAAAUACAGCUGACUGAUGGUGAGAAUAAUUCUUCCCAACCUUUAGAAGAAAAUGAGAAUGCUGAAGAAAUCCAUCCAAAAGAAACAUUUGGUCUACCACCUGAAAAUGGUAUAAAUAUCUGUGCCAAAGCAGAAAAUUAUGUCUCAGAUCAGCUCAAAGAUGAAUCUCUCAAGACUGAGGGAACAAAAAUGCCAGCUAGUGUACUGGAACAGAUUAAUUCAAUCACUGUAGAAGGUGUGGAGCAACCUAUGCCUGCUCCUCCUGCAAAGGCAGAAUCGGUAGCUGUAGCCAGCAGUGUUUUGAUGCCUCUUCUAGGCCAAAGAAUUAGAGAAAACAUGGCAAGAAAAGGUAAAUUACCUGCUUUGAGUACUAAAAUAGAUACUGGUGCACCUGCAGUCCAACAGUUAUGCCCAACAGUUGAAGAUACUUGUAAUGAUCUCGCAGUGUUCCAGGAAGGAAAGGAACAUGACUGUGUUGGUGAGUCCCAAACAGUUUCCAUGCAUUCAGUUAAACUUGAACCUGAAGUUCUUGCAUCAAAAAGCCCUGAAAAGGAGAUAAGUCUUAUGUCCUUCAUGCCGAAUCAAGUAGGCUGUCAAAAUUUACUCUCUCCCAAACUUCAGAUGGAAGAGAGCAUUAAGACUGCUCCCAAUUUUUAUAAUUUGCCUCUAAAGACUUUUGAAGGGGUUGCACUUGCUCCAACACAGAGCAGCCUCGGCACUCCUUUUGUUCCAGUCAAACCAUUGGCAGCUCCAGUUCAGAAGUUCACUUGCCAAGUUGAUGGAUGUACUCGAGUCUACAAUUCUUGCCAAAGCAUUGGCAAACAUAUGAAGACAGCCCAUCCCGAUCAAUAUGCUGCAUUUAAGAUGCAGUGCAAGAAUAAAAGGAGUAAAAAAACAAACAGUUUGCAAAACCUGACAAAUGAUAGCAAAAUUGUUUAUUUUUUACCAUCACAAGUAUCUACUCCCACUAGUGAUGCUUUUCUUCAACAAGCCAAGACCACUUCAAAUCCCUCUUGUACAAGCCAACUGCAGCAGCUGUCUAACGCUCUUUUUCCAACACGUCUGGAAAGUAUGACUAAUUCCCUAUUACCCAACGUGGAAAAUGUUAUAAAUAUAGGUCUAUCAUCGCAUAUUAAAAGUGAAACAGAGAAUAUAUUAGGCGCACAAUUGGGAAGUUUGUCCAGUGCAACUUUACCUUCACAGCUGGAUGAUCUAGAAAAACCAGUUAUGCCUCUGAACAUUGACAGUGGUUCAGAUCCUUUCCUUCCUUUACCUUCAGAAAAUGGUCCAAUUUCUCUCUUUCCUUCUCUUGCUGAUAAUGGUCCGAGUUCUAUUUUCUCACAAAUGGAGAACAAUACCAGUCACUUUUCCUCCCUAGAAGUAAACACUAACUCUGCUUUUACAAAAGAGGAAAGUGUUGAUGUGCUCUUCCCUUCACAAGUGAAUAAUGAGAGUAACUUCAGUGAAACCACUCCGCAACUCCUUGUUUCAGAAAAAGGGAAAAAGGUUCGUAGGCAAGGUCCAGAUGGAAAAGAAAAGAAGCCAAAGCAAAACAAGCGGGCGAAAUGGCCAGCAAUAAUCAGGGAUGGCAAAUUUAUUUGUAGUCGAUGUUAUAGGGUUUUUUCCAAUCCUAGAUCACUUGGUGGCCACCUGUCUAAACGCUCCUAUUGUAAGCCCCUAGAUGAAUCAGAAAUUUCUCAUGAAGCUCUGCAGCUUAAUGGACAAUCUUCUCUUCUUGCCAGUAUGAUUCUUUCUUCAAAUGCAUUGAGCUUACAGCAGCAACAGGAGCCAACUUUUAAUCCAGAAGUGUGUUUUAAAGAGCCAUCAUUUCUUCAGCUGCUGGCUACCGAAAAUCGGUCUACUGCUUUUUUCCAGAACUUGUUUCCGCGGACUAAUACGACUACCUUCAAUGCAAGUGAAAAUGAAGAAGGAAAUGAAAUUAUCAAACAGGCCUUGGAAACUGCAGGCAUUCCAAGUACUUUUGAUUCUACAGAAAUAUUACCACAUGUAAUUACAACUAGCUGUAUCACUGGUACUACUGAAAUAAAUGCAACAGUUUUGCCAAAUCCAGGUGUGUCACCUUCAUUACCAACUACCUUGCUAACAGACCAAAACAGAACAAUUAACACCAAAAUUUCCUCAGAAGAAUGCAACAGCUUACCAGUAUUUCCAGAUGACUUAAUACUUAAGACUAUUGAAAAUGGUUUAUGUUCCAACUUGGUUUCUAAUUCUGCUGCCACAGCACAUAAUUUUGGAAAUAAUACUUCACGUAUUUCAGUCAUAAGUAGCAUCAAAAAUUCAGAAUUGUGUAACUUAAAGAAAAAGGGGAUUGGUGGUUCAAAGAAAAAGAAGAAAGCUGCUGCUGACAUUUCACAGAAAUUAGUAAUUAAUGAUUUGUCAACAUUGGGGCUUUUAGCCAGAAAUGCUGAAGAAAAUGUGCAAAUAUCGACAGAGAAUCUCCAGUCAAAUGUAUUGACAAAAUAUGAGUCUGAAGUGUUAAUGGAAAAUCUUACACAAAAACUGAGCAAUGUGGACAGCGAGUUAAUUGCUAGUGUCAAAGAGAACUUUAAUACUAGUCAUGACACUCAUGGAGAAACAGUUUGCUUAUCAGUGAAAUCUGAAAAUGACAACUCUCAGGUCACUCUAGAUUCCCGCAUUCAAGAAAAUUCCAAUUUGGAGAUUUCAGAGCAGAAUGUAAUUCAAAACUUUGAGAAGACCCUUGAAAUAAUUAAAACAGCUAUGAACUCUCAGAUGGUAGAAGUUAAAAUGGAAAACCAGGAAGUGUCGAUUGAGUCAUUGCAGAGUCAGCAAAUCAGUACUGCUGAGUGUACACCAGAAAACCCUUCACAAACUCUUCAACCAUCCAACCUUGUGCAACACAUAGCAGACACACAGAAUGUCACCCUUGAUCAAAUUAGCCCUUCUAAGUAUGAAACCUCUCACAAAGAUGAUAUUCAGAUUAUGGAAAUAUUAGAAGGUUUGAAAAAGCUGAAGUUAGAAAGUGAAACUUCAAGUCAAGUGUUUGACAGUAUAAUUCAUUGUCUUCCAGCAGAUUCACUACCACAGAUUCUUGUUCCGCUUGUAACAACUGAGAGCACUUCUCCUGUCCAGCCACCUUCAGAAACGCAUAAUCGGUUCAGUGAAAAAGCCCAUAAACCUUUUAUGUGCCAGGCCCCAAGCUGCAGUUACAGUGCUAUGACCAAGGAUGCAUUAUUUAAACACUACAGCAAAAUACAUCAAUACACUGCAGAAAUGAUACUGGAAAUUAAGAAACACCAGUUGAAAUAUGCACCCUUUAAAUGUGUUGUAGCUACCUGUCCGAAAACAUUUACAAGAAAUUCUAACCUCCGGGCCCACUGUCAGCUAGUACAUCACUUUACAACAGAGGAAAUGGUAAAACUAAAAUUAAAAAGACCCUAUGGGAGAAGAUCCCAAAACAAAACUGCAAACUUAACACCAAGGCCUGUUGAACUAAAGAGUAUACCUUAUGUGUUAAUGGAAAGUACACAUGAAGCACAAUUGACUAAAGAUCUUGAAAUAAAGAAAGAAGCAUGUAUAGAAUCUGUGAAAGUGCCAGAAAUCGUGGUGCCAGAGAGGGUAAUGAUAGAGGAGGUGGUGCCAGAAAGUACACCAGAUGUUUCUGAAAAAAUGGAAAAACCUCCCCAAGUGGUUACCAUUCCUCCUGAACUUUAUAAUGUUGCCACACUGAGAAACAUACAAGUGCAACCCAAAGUACGCAAAAUUAGAAGACAUAGGAAAGAAAAAGAGGAGAAAAAACACCCCAAACCAGCAUGUAAAACUUUAGAAUUUCCUACUAGUUAUAGUCCCUACAGACCUUACAGAUGUGUACAUCAAGGUUGUUUUGCUGCUUUUACAAUACAGCAGAAUUUGAUUCUUCAUUAUCAAGCUGUACACAAAUCUGAUCUGCCUUCCUUCUCUGUGGAAGGAGAAGAAGAAAGUGAGCCGAGUAAAGAUGAGGAGUUUUGUAAAGAAGAAGAUUGUGAUGAAACUGAAACAAAUGUAAUUGUAAAAGAAUUCAGAUGUGAGGUGAGAAAUUGCUCAAGGAUAUUUCAGGAAGUCACUAGUCUUAUUCAGCACUACAUGAAGCUUCAUGAAAUGACUCCUGAGGAAAUUGGAAGCAUGAAGUCAGCCUUGGAUGUUGGAAGAUUCCCUUGUGAUCAGUCUGAAUGUAAAUCAUCCUUUACAAUGUAUAUUAAUUAUAUUACACAUUUAGAAGUGGAUCAUGGAAUAAAGAUAAAACAAACAAAAACAGAGGAUGGCAUGUACAAGUGUGAUUGUGAAGGCUGUGAUCGUAUUUAUGCAACAAGGUCUAAUCUCCUACGACAUAUUUUUAAUAAGCAUAAUGACAGGCAUAAAGAUCAUCUGAUAAGACCUAGGCGAUUCUUGACACCAGGUCAGGAAAAUAUUUCAAGUAAGGCUAAUCAGGAAAAAACCAUGAAAAUUAAGCAUAAAGGAUUAAAAUAUAGGGCAGGAAAGAAUGGAAACAAAAUAUCAAUUAGGACUAAGCGAAGGAAACUUAUAAUUGUUGAAAACAAGAACUCAAAAAUGGGCCAGAUCCAUGAAAAUAAGGCAUAUACUUUGAAAUGUGGAAAGUAUGUGUACUCAAUAAAGAGUAGGCAUGAUGCUUUAUCGGAAUGUUCAAGCACUUUGGCCACACAAUAUCCAUGUAUGAUAGAAGGCUGUUCAUCAGUUGUCACAAGUGAAAAUAAUAUAAUUAGACAUUAUAAAUGUCACAAGUUGUCCAAAGCAUAUACUUCAAAACACAGAAAUAUCCUAAUUGUCUCAAACAAACACCCAGAUUCAUUGGAGAAAGAAGUAUCUUCACAAAAUGAGACAAUUGAGGACAAAACAUGUGAUGCAGAAUUGCAGCCACAUUUGUCUGAAACCCCUGAGAACUUGAGAGCCUCUACACCAGUGGCACAAAAAGAACCUGAGAAGAGUGAGAAGGAUGAAGUGGAUGAGCUUGCAGAAAUGUUCAUUACCAAACUUGUUAAUGAGGACCUCACAAGUUCAGAGAAUCAUGGAAAGCCGCCUUCUGAUGUAAAUAAUGACUGUCAAGAAACUAGUUCUUGCCUUUCGGAAAAUCAAAACGUAAAUGGUAACUUAAAAAGAGCAAACAAAGAAAAAAAUCCUCAGAUUAAAAAGAGGAAAGUUGAGAAACAGGAAGAAAUCUUAGCUGUUGAAGUAAGUAGUGUGCGGAGAGAGGAGGAAACUGCUGUUGCUGUUCAAACUGCUGAAGAGCAAUCCGCAUCUUUUGACUGGAGUACAUUUAAGCCUAUGGGAUUUGAAGUAUCUUUCCUCAAGUUCCUUGAAGAGUCUGCAGUGAAGCAAAAGAAACCUACAGAUAGAGCCUGCAAUAGCUGUGGAACCAGAAAAGGUUCUCAUUCAAACUCAAGAAAAUCUAAUGACAAGUCCUCGUUUGCAAGAACACGAUCAUGUUCUGAAAGUGAAAUCUAUGUACAGUUUGCUAACCCAUCACAAUUUCAGUGUAGCGGUACUGUAAAAAUAGUUUUAGAUAAGACUUUUAAAAAUUGCACUGAGCUUGUGUUGAAACAGCUUCAGGAAAUGAAACCUAUUGUCAGUCUGAUAAGACUUGAUGGACAUUUGGUGACAAAUCCAGAGGUUACGAAAUAAUCGGGUAAUAUGUGUGGACUAUAUGUUCUGAUGAUUAACGUCUAAACAUGACCUGUACUGCAUUUUUUAAUUUUAUUUUAGUAGGAAGCCAUUGAACAUGAGACUAUUUCUUAAGGUUUUCUGUUGAAGUGAUUUAACCUAGCAAAAUCAUGACAGUGGUCAUGUAAAUUUCUUUGUUUUUAUCCCUAUGGGACUUGGAACAGAAUCAUUGUUUCAGUUUUGUAAAUAAUUGAUCAGAACCUCAAUUUUUUAUCAGAUUUUUGUCCUUUUCCAUGACUCGAAUAUUUGUGUAUUGUCUGUGGUAUUUUUCACUGGGUCACUGCUCAUAUAACAGUACUUUUUAUUUGUAGAUACAUUUUUGUAUAUAUUUAUUAUUGUAAAUCAUUUGCUGCUGUUAGCAGUCUGUAAGUCUGAAAUAUUAAAUGACACGUUUAUAUUAAGAAUUUUAAUUUGUAACUAAGUGAUCCAGUUUUUAAAAUAUUCUUUUAAACUUUUUAAAGUAACAACUAGGUAAGUCUACCAUAUCCAGUUUCGUUUUGCAUAAAAUGUGUGUACAGGAGAAGAGAUUGAUCAGAUCACACUUAAUUGGUUAAAAUACAUACUGACACAAUUGUGUUUGUAACUUGAAACAUCCAAUAUCUUUGGAUGGUAUUCAUAUGUACUUAACUCAAACUUUUUCCUAUAACUGCAUUUGCAUUGCUUUUAAUUGGAUCAAAAUUCUUCCACUUCCAUAAUAUAAUGGAAAUGUAAAUUUUAAAUAGUUUGCUGACACUGAAGAUUUUAAAAAACAUUUUGGUAUUGAAUAACCCAUCGUGAAUGUGAUAGAAAAUUAGUAGUGUGGAGCAGUGUAUAUUUUUGAGGUGGUGAUUUGUGAAGUAGCCCAGUAUUGCCUUAAAUAAAAUCACAUUUCAUUUCUUGUUUUAUACAUGUUAUCUUACAAAGGUCCUUUUUGUUUUUGAACUUUAGAUUUAUUUAUAGGGUAGCAUCUACAACACAUCUUUGGAAACAAUCUUUUUUAAUGAAUGCACUUUUACACUACUUGUUUUGAUAUUGCCACCUUGGUAUCUGUUUUGUAAAAUAUAUACUGUAGCAGCAUUAGAAACACAAUAUUUGCUUUUUCAAUGGAAGAUGAGAGUUUGUGCUCUUCCAAGUAUACUUACACAGCUUUCAUAAUAGAUGACAGCCUCUCUUCUCAUUCACAGUUACAGUAGAAAAUGGAAGUUUCCUUCUGCCUUUUUUAGAAUUAAGUUUCCUUGUCAUUUGAAGUUCACAUUACAUGCACACAAAGAUACUAAUAGCACAUCAAGUUGAUGCAGGGUAUUAAGGCAGAGAGACCAUGUCCCACCCACCAUAUUGAACUUCACUCAAGAUGGCCCUGCUAUUGAGGCAUCAAACAAAUGACUUCAGGCUCUGUCCUAGUAUCUCAGAAACUUCUUUCCCAGCAUCAGAGCAAGGGAGCAGUAGGUGAGAAAAAGGAAUUCAUGAUGAGCUGGUGCAUGAGCUAGUUGCAGCCUAGACUUACUCCUUCACUUGACACCAGGUUGAGACAGAUUAUUAGCAACCCAGGACUUGCCAUCAUGGUAGCAGUAAAGAUUUGUAUUUGAGCUCAAAACACUUGUUCCUGCUAAAUGUUUUAUGUCACCAAGGUCAAAAUAGAAGUGUGAUACUGCCAUAAUAAAGAGUGCAUGUACACACAAGCCAGAAAAAAAUAAGCACAACUUCCUUUUCAUAUAUAAAUAUAUGGCUGAUGCAGCUGGAAAAGGAUUGAAUUGUGAUGGGUCAAAUGGAUUCUCUUACUGAUUGUUACAGUGAAGCCUGUAGUAGAUAAAACUGACUAAUUUAUCUUCUGCAGAUUAUCACUGUUGCAUACUUGAUAGCCUUAUUUUCCAUGAAUUUGUCUAGACCUUUUUCAAAACCUUGCAAAUUGGUGACCAUCACUUCCUCCUAUGGGGAGUGAGUUCUGUAGCUUAACUAUGAAGAAGUACUUUGUUCUGAAUUCUCCCAUCCUUCAGCUUUGUUGGAUGUCCACCCUAUUCCUGUGGGAAGCCCAAAGGAAGGACAGAGCUUUAUGAGACUGGGAGAAAAACUUCUCUGCCCACUUUCUCCAGGUCAUGCAUAAUUCCAUGCAUUUCUAUCAUUUCUCCUCAUACGUAGCCUUUCUCUAAACUGAAAAGUGUAAAGUAAUGCAACCUUUCCUUAUCUGCUUGAUAAUUUUGGGUGCCCUUUUCUGAACCUCUUCUAAUUAUAAUAUCAUUCUCGGGAGGUUAUGGACUCUCCUUCCUUGGAAGUUUUAAAGUAAAGGUUGGAUGGCCAUCUGUCAUGGAUGCUUUAGUUGAGAUUCCUGCGCUGCAGGGGGUUGGACUAGAUGACCCUUUGGUCUCUUCCAACUCUACAAUUCUAUGACUCUAUCUUGUUUUCAGGAGACCAGAACUGUAUGCAGUAUUCCAAAUGUAGUCAUACCACAGAUUUGUAUAAUGUAACGAUAUUGGUAGUUUUAGUCUUAUUUUCUUUCCUAAUGAUCUGUAGCAUGGGAUUUUUUUUCUACAACUGCACACUGGAUUGACGCAUUCUGGCUACCUGCUAUGACCCAGUCACUGCCAGUUCAAACCCUAUAAAUGUAUAUGUGUAGUUAAGAUAUUUUGCUUCAACAUCUGUCACCUUUCACUUUUUUACAUUGAAUGACAUUGGGCAUUUUACCAUUCAUUCCAUUUGGAGAGGUCCUUUUGGAGCACAGGUGUGUUUAGAUGAUGGGACACAAUAUUGCACUUGUGGACAAGUUAUGAACGGCAAUUUGCCUGACAACCCUCCCCCCCCUUCACAGUUCUUUUGUAGAACCCAACAAGUUGUCCAGAAUAGGGCAUGAAUGCCCCUCCCCAUCCUUCUGCAAAUAGGAAUCCCUAUUGGUUACCCUUUGAGCCCUGCUCUCACUGUCACUGGCCUAACAUCCACCCUUAAUAACAAUCAUUCUAUCAUAGUUGGUGUAUCUUCUCAUUCAGGAGCUCCCCCCAGUUUUUGGUAAGCAGUCUAUUCUAGAAAAAAAAAGUUAUCUGUUCAUUAGGCAGUUAGAAAGUAGUUAGCCCUUGGAAGAGUUGGGAAAUUGAUAUAUAAAUCAGAGACCUUGCUUGUUAGGAAAUUGGAUGGGUGCAGCCCCCGAAACCCACUUUUGCCCUCAGCUAUUGGAUAUAGUAUGUUGAUGUCUGUGUUCCCUUCCAAAACAUCAUAUAGGAAAAGGCCCACAGAUAAGGCAAAUGAGAUACGCUUGAAUACAAUUAGAGUGGUGAAAAUACAAAUCUCUUUCACUUUAAGAAACGGUAGGUUUUUUAAAAUACAAAACUGAAGUCAUUGUUCACAUGGAAAUACUUUAAUGUGUUUACUUAUUUUAUUUCAGCAAAAAUUGCCUUGAUCUAAAUUUGCUGACAUCACACUGUUGCUCAGAAAAAGUGGAAGCAACUUGACAGCUAGCAUUUAGUAUUCUGGGGUGCGUUGCGCUUAUUUCUGUAAAAAUGUCAUGAGAAUUGUAUAUGUAUGCUUUGUAACGAAAAGGUAAUUGAUUUAAUAGCCUUCAACAGUGACCUUUUUUUGUUCUUUGACAUUUUCUCAUGUCAAAUCCUCAUGCAGUGCUUUCAGAUGAGCUUUACCAGAGCCAGAGCUUAGUGGUUAAGCAUGCAAGAAGGUCACAGGUUUGAUCCCCAAAACCUCUGGAUGGAGCUAGGAAUGAUCUUUGUCUGAACCCUUGGAGAACAACGGCCAGUCAGGGUGGAUAAUACUGAGCUAGACGAGGCAAUGGUCUGGCUAGUUAUAAGGCAGCGUUCUGUGUUCUUGUGCCCUUGGAUAAACUACUUGUAACGCCACAAAUCACCAAUAGGUUAUUUGUUCUAAAUCUUGGUGGACGUUGGCUGCCUUAUUUUAUUCCAGACACAUCAUUUUGGAUUUCAAAGCCAAAGAUACUGGGAAACUGUAGCAUUUGAUUCUCCUCAGUGUGUUUAUGCUGCUUUUCUGCCCAGAGUGGCUUACAAAAAUGAAAUCAAAACACAGGCAAUUAAAAUCCAAGAAAACAAAAACAAAUGGCAGCAAAAUUAACGAGAACAAGUUUUCAAAUUUUAACGUGUGAAGUGGGAAUCGGAAUCGAUCACAAAGAGCCCAUCGAAGAAAGAAGAUCGUUUAACAGUCAACAUUAAUACGUAGUCUGGGAGUCAGCAUUCCUUUAAAUGCUUUUGACCCAAAUCAUUUUAGGUGUUCAAUGAUAAUAAGCAGCACUUAGAAGUGAGCUCAGAAACUAACUGGAAACCAGUGCAGGUCAGCCAAAACUGGAAUUAUAUCCUGCUUGUUAAGGGCUAUGCUCUUGCUCACUCCACUAACCAACCUGCUGCCAUUCCUCCCACAUUAACACAGAGCUCCCCCUUCCCAUCCCAUGCAACUACGGUACUAAGCUUGCUUUUCACAUACCCAAUCCUAUUUCUGAAGCCACUUUGCUCUUCUGUUUUCAACUUCACCCCCAUGUCCCCCCACAUCUUGUGCAUCCUUUUCACCUUCCACCCAGCUAUAAAGCCACCAUCUCUUCCUAUUCUUCAGACCUUUUCAUGCCCCUGCUUUCAUCUUCAACCCUAUUCCCAUGCCUCCUCGUCCUCUCUCUUUGCAACCCCUUUCGCACCCCUGUUACAUUCCCCCUUUUCCACCCUCCUUUUUCCAACUCUCCUACGCAGAUCACUGCUAUUUCCCCGUCUCCUUUGCUCUCCUCUUCUGCAGCCUCCUGCAUGUGUCUGUGCUUAUAUAGGUUACUGUAUCAUUAAGAAGAGCAAAUCUUAAGAGCAAACCUGUCAGCAUGAUCAGUUAGAGAAGGUAAAGUUCAGCUGGUGAAUGUUGUACAUGUAUGGGUUUUUACUCCUUAAUAGCACCAAUCUUCUAAAUUACCACAUGAAAUCUGGAACUUCAUACUGAACACAACAGAUACCAGAAGAAAUACAUUGUGUGAAAGUACUAUGGGAUAUUUGAGAGCUCUGCUUCAAUUACAGGUACCUCUGUCACGUGAGGCAGAUGAGGAAUAGAAGAGGGAGAAGUUUAAAACAGCAAUUCCCUGCCCCUUACAGUGUUGCUCCCUUCUUGCUGUACUCAAAGGCAGAAGUUUGAGUCAAGUAGGGGUGGAGUUACACUGAGGGGUUUUCUUUAUUUAAAAAAACACCAGUUUUAACAUGGAGAAAUGUGAUGGGAUGGGUACAACGCAAAAAAAGUAAUGCAAAACAGCCUUUUCCAACUUCCUUCUCACUGUACUCUAAUAUUGUUUCAAAAUGCCCCUUAACCCCUGCCUGCUCUACUCAAGCUUUUGCCAUUGUUUAAAAUCGCCACUGAGUUUCUCUCCAUCCCUGCUUUAUUCAAACCUCUGCUGUUAUUUAAAACAGUUAUUUUACUCUCUGUCCUCUAGUGUUUAAAACCACCAUUUCCCCCCCUCUUAGCGUCCCUCCCUCCUCUCCCCAUG